AGCACCGGAAGCCGCUCCCCUGUGAGGCUGCGGACUCCGAGCGCGGCCGCAGGUCCAGGCGCCAUGGCUGCGGAGCGGAUCCGGCCGCUGCGAGGCUCUGGCGGCCCGAGCGCGCCUAGUCGGUGUGAGCUCGGCGCGAGGUCCCGGGCCCCGGGGCGCUCGCUCAGGUAAAUUUUUCCAUAACCUUAUGGAGAGAAAGGACUUUGAGACAUGGCUUGAUAACAUUUCUGUUACAUUUCUUUCUCUGACGGACUUGCAGAAAAAUGAAACUCUGGAUCACCUGAUUAGUCUGAGUGGGGCAGUCCAGCUCAGGCAUCUCUCCAAUAACCUGGAGACUCUCCUCAAGCGGGACUUCCUCAAACUCCUUCCCCUGGAGCUCAGUUUUUAUUUGUUAAAAUGGCUCGAUCCUCAGACUUUACUCACAUGCUGCCUCGUCUCUAAACAAUGGAAUAAGGUGAUAAGUGCCUGUACAGAGGUGUGGCAGACUGCCUGUAAAAAUUUGGGCUGGCAGAUAGAUGAUUCUGUUCAGGACGCUUUGCACUGGAAGAAGGUUUAUUUGAAGGCUAUUUUGAGAAUGAAGCAACUGGAGGACCAUGAAGCCUUUGAGACCUCAUCAUUAAUUGGACACAGUGCCAGAGUGUAUGCACUUUACUACAAAGAUGGACUCCUCUGUACAGGGUCAGAUGACUUGUCUGCAAAACUAUGGGAUGUGAGCACAGGGCAGUGUGUUUAUGGCAUCCAGACCCACACUUGUGCAGCGGUGAAGUUUGAUGAGCAGAAGCUUGUGACAGGCUCCUUUGACAACACUGUGGCCUGCUGGGAAUGGAGUUCCGGAGCCAGGACCCAGCACUUCCGGGGGCACACGGGGGCGGUGUUUAGCGUCGACUACAAUGAUGAACUGGACAUCUUGGUGAGUGGCUCUGCAGACUUCACUGUGAAAGUAUGGGCUUUAUCUGCUGGGACGUGCCUGAACACACUCACUGGGCACACAGAAUGGGUCACCAAGGUGGUCUUGCAAAAGUGCAAAGUCAAGUCUCUAUUGCACAGCCCUGGAGACUACAUCCUCUUAAGUGCAGACAAAUAUGAGAUCAAGAUUUGGCCAAUUGGGAGAGAAAUUAACUGUAAGUGCUUAAAGACGUUGUCUGUCUCUGAGGAUAGAAGUAUCUGCCUGCAGCCAAGACUUCAUUUUGAUGGCAAAUACAUUGUCUGUAGUUCGGCACUGGGUCUCUACCAGUGGGACUUUGCCAGUUAUGAUAUUCUCAGGGUCAUCAAGACUCCUGAGAUAGCAAACUUGGCCUUGCUUGGCUUUGGAGAUAUCUUUGCCCUGCUGUUUGACAACCGCUACCUGUAUAUCAUGGACUUGCGGACAGAGAGCCUGAUUAGCCGCUGGCCUCUCCCAGAGUAUAGGAAAUCCAAGAGAGGCUCCAGCUUCCUGGCAGGCGAAGCGUCCUGGCUGAAUGGACUGGAUGGGCACAAUGACACGGGCUUGGUCUUUGCCACCAGCAUGCCUGACCACAGUAUUCACCUGGUGCUGUGGAAGGAGCACGGCUGAUGCUGCGAGCUGCGCCGCUGACUGACUUCGGGCGCCGGGGCUGCGGGUUUUGAGUGCAACCUCUGUGGCAGCCGACUGCAUGAACCAAAGUUCUCACCUAAUGGUAUCAUCACGCAGUGCACAAUCAUUUAUCUCUGUUUGCCAGGGGGCCAGGGCUCGGGGUGGGGGAGGGCUCAUUUUGUUGACAUACACUGCAGCAUGCUGAUGGGGUGCACCACUGACUUCAUUCGUACUUAGUUAUGUUGGUCAGUAUAAGAGGCUGCAUUUGGGGUUCAUCUUUCUUGAAUAUUGGUUUUAAGUAAAGAUAUUUAAAUGGCUCAUUAAUCUGCUAAUUGGUUGCCUAUAAAAACACAUUCAGUCUAUUAUUAAAGCUUUUUACCAU